AUGGUUCGCACUGCCGUCUACUGGAACCUUGCUUCUUCAGCUCACCCUUCCUCGUCAACCUCUUUCGUCCAUUACCCCGUCACUGUCAUCACAGGAGGUCCAUAUUCGACUUUCUCGCCCAGCGCUUCCGAGCUCCUCCGGAUCAGACCCCUCGCCCAGUGGCUAUCAUUUAUCAGAGAAGUCGGCUUCUACGAGGAUGGGCACAAUCCAUUCCAGAGCUUGAAAGACAACAAAGCUCGCAUACAACAAUUUGAAGUCCAUGCUAUCGAUGCUCGCCUGCGAUCUUGGAGUUCAACAUUCAAUAAUCACUGUCUGAAUACUCACGAAUGCUACAGCGUCAGUUGCAAACCUUGCAUGGUUAGGUAUCUGGAUGAGCACGCAGCUCAGGCGGGCAUAGACGAUCUGAAAGAUCCAGCAACAAUCAAAGAUAUAUCUAAAAGACCAAAUAACACUGACUUGGGCCGAAUACGAUAUCUAAAACGGAAAUGCUUGGAGAACUUUAUGAAGGUAUUUUCAUCCUGUCCACCUUGCCUCAUCGUGGGUCUGGUUUUUGAGCAAUCUUCGAGACAUGGAUAUGAUGAGCUUCAGAAGGGUUACCUUGCUUGGCGUAUGACCUGGCACACGUUUAAAGUCAAUGCAAACCCCAAGCCUCUUGAAAGUGCAAAACCUAUCUUGAGGAGCAAUUUCCUCAUAAGCUUACCAAAGUUGAACAUGUGGGGAGACAUCACAAAUGACUAUGCCCUCUUGUUCUAUGGAUGUUUGACCAAAAAGGAUCUCAUGAACCUCUAUAACCUUGAGGACCAGGCCAUCAAAAUUUCAAGAGUCUUAGGCAGGCUUUUUGCGACAAGUAUCGGCGAGACACUGACCAACAUUGUGGUCGGGAGACUAUGGGGCAUGCUGUUUGAUGAACUUCCGAGUUUCAUUUUUGGUCCUUACAUUGAUAUUCGAAUGCCAGUAUACCGUUUCUAUCAGCCUAGGUCCACCCAUCCCGCCAUUAAACAACAUCAACAACACCAUCAAUCACCAGAUCCUCACGACACAAUGCGCCCCCUCACAGAAAAGGAGACCCAGACUCUUUUCGAGAAACUGGCAAACUACACUGGUGGCUCCCUCAAGAACCUUAUCGCGCCUCUCGACGACUCGCCCAACCCUGAUCGCUAUGUCUUCCGCCUCGUUCGCGAUCGUGUCUUUUACGUCCGUCUCUCAAUCGCCAAUCUAGCGACCUCUAUUGCGCGUGAUAAGAUUCUAUCUCUAGGAACUUGUCUCGGCAAGUUUACCAAGUCUGGCAAGUUUCGCCUGCACGUCACAGCCCUUCCCAUUAUCGCCGAGCACGCCCGUUACAAGAUUUGGGUCAAGGAAAACGGAACCAUGCCCUUCCUCUACGGCAGCAACAUCGUCAAGGCGCAUGUCGGUCGCUGGUCAGAGGACUGCCCCGAACACCAGGGAGUUGUUGUCUACAGCAUGAACGACACACCGCUCGGAUUUGGUGUCACUGCCCGCAGCACUGCUGAGGCCCGAAGAUUGGAUCCUACCGGUGUCACUUGUUUCAGACAGGCUGACUGUGGAGAGUACCUGCGUGACGAAGACAACUUGUUUGCGACGGGUUAG